CACCCCAAAAAAAACAAAAGAAAAAAGAAGACGCUGAAAGUGCGUGUCCAUGUGUCUUUGCUUCCAAUCUCUCUAAGAAAGAGACUGAAAGUGGCAAUUGGCAGCACUUAAAAACACCAAAAGCACCCAAAACAAACACAGCAGCCCAGAAAAUCAGUUUUGGCGGAACCCAACCCACCAUCUCUUCUACGCUGAUCAUUUUCAUCCUCUCUCUCUCUCUCUCUCUCUCUCAUAUUCCUCUGCUUUUUAGUUGACAAUAUGGAGAAUCCAGAUGCAAAUCAGCUUCCUGAAGUAGAUUCAUUGCCAGAUGGGUUUGUUGAAAGCUCUACAGAGGCUCUUGCUCCUCUAACUCCGAGUGUUGAACAAGAGAGGCCUCUGGAUGAUUACAAGCAGGAUAAUAUUCCAGAAAUUGAUAGUUCAAACGAAUCCAGGCAUGAGCUGUCUGCAAAUGAGUUUCAAGAAUGCCAGGGUAGGGCAGAGAAGACCCAGAAACUGAGAACUUUUCCUGUUCAAUUAUCUGAAACAGAUAAUUUUGAUGCUUCAGUGGACUUGGUUGAAGUGUCCGGAAAGGGCCGUGUGGAGCAGACGGAAGGGACACCAGUCAUACCCAAUUCAGCUAAUUCUGUUUCAGAUGCAUCAGCUGCAGUAUUGGACUGCUGUGAGGUAAAGGAGCAAAACGAAGCACAAUGUCAAAGUUCGGAGAGAUCCACUGAAGGAGGUCUGGAUGCGCCAAAAGGCAAUACAAAGGAAACAUGUUCAAGGGAGAAUGCUGAUGCUUCUAAAAACAGAAAACCUGAAACCACUGAAACUAAACGCAAGAGUGUGAAGCGUACCUUUAAGUCAGAGAAGGAGUUUCUGGAGUUCACUUUGAAGUAUCAACAAGUACUUGCUGAAAGAGAUGCAGCUAUUGCUGUUCGAGAUAAGCUUGAGUCAUUAUGUAGGGAAUUACAACGUCAAAACAAAAUACUAAUGGAUGAAUGUAAAAGGGUGUCAACAGAGGGACAAAGUUUGAGAUUAGAUCUAUCAGCCAAAUUCCAAGAUGCGAUAAAGGAUGUGGGCAAUAAGCUAGAGGAGCAGAAGGAUGAAUGUCUCUCUCAGCUAAAGGAGAAUGAGAUGUUAAGAAGUAAUCUGAAGCAGCUGGCCGAUCAAUAUGCACUUUCAGAACAGCAACAUGCACAGAGGUUAAAGCAGAAGGAACUGGAACUUCAGAUUGCUGAUUUGAAGAUAAAGCAACAUGAGGAGAAAUUAGUGCAAGAACAGUCACAGAUGAAAUUAUAUGCUGAACAGGUUUCGCAGUUACUGGCAACUGAAAAAAAUUUGCGGUUACAGUUGACAGCAGAUGGAGAAAAAUUCCAACAAUUCCAGGAUGCAUUGUUAAAAAGCAAUGAAGUUUUUGAAACUUUUAAGCAAGAAAUUGAAAAGAUGGCGAAAUCUAUCAAGGAACUGAAGAAGGAGAAUUUAUUCUUGAAGAACAAAACGGAUAAAUCAGAUAUUACUCUUAUAGAACUUGUAGAUGAGCGUGAACAGUUGAAGAAGCGUUUGGAGAGGACGAGGAAUCAGAAAGAAAAACUCGAAUCAUUGUGCAGAUCGCUUCAGGCAGAAAGGAAAGAGAAUUCUGGAAGCAACAGCUCGGAUUCUGUUGCAGUAUGAAUGCCAACAGAUUCAAAUGUAUGCCUUUUUACUGCGGUUUUGGAAUGAUAAGUUCAAUCAAGAAGCAGCAAAAGAGACUAUUAUAUGUUUUGAGUGUAACUAUAAUAUUCUUUUAGCCUUCUUGUAAUUUUUGAAAAUUUAAAUACAAAAUUGUGUCUUCAGCUUAUAGAUGAUAUCCAAAGUUGGUAGGUAAUCAUUUCAUUGUUUGACAUUUCUCUGGAAUGAUGGAAAUUGCAUUUCAAGCAAGUUCAAAGCGUUCA